AUCCUCUGCACAGUGCGGGGACUCCAUUAGGAUGCUGUCCCAAGCCCUGGGGCCGCCAGGGUGAUGGUCACUUGCAAUCCGGUGACUUGACCGUCGAGCUCUGCUUUUCUAUUGAGCGAAUCCCAGCCCGAACUGCGCAUCCUGCUAGUUGGUUGCGCAAGGAGCUGAAGGCUUGGUCCCUUGCCCGGGAAGGCCGCCUGGCCGGACGCGCGGGUCCCGCCCGGGUUCCCGCCCUAGCUCUGGCCGGCGCAUCAGGUGGGGCCCAAGACACGGGUGGGCGAGGCUGAGGCGGCCUCUCCCGGACCCGACGGGCCGCCUGCAGCUCGUCCACACUCUGAACGCAGAGCCGGAGCCCCGGAGCCUCUCCCUGGGCGGCCAUGUGGGCUUCGACAGCCUCCCUGACCAGCUGGUCAGCAAGUCGGUCACUCAGGGCUUCAGCUUCAACAUCCUCUGUGUGGGGGAAACUGGCAUCGGCAAAUCCACACUAAUGAACACACUUUUCAACACGACCUUUGAGACUGAGGAAGCCAGUCACCAUGAGGCGUGUGUGCGCCUGCGGCCUCAGACCUAUGACCUCCAGGAGAGCAACGUGCAGCUCAAGCUGACUAUUGUGGAUGCUGUGGGCUUCGGGGACCAGAUCAAUAAGGAUGAGAGUUACAGGCCCAUAGUUGACUACAUCGAUGCGCAGUUUGAAAACUAUCUACAGGAGGAGCUGAAGAUCCGGCGCUCACUCUUUGACUACCAUGACACGAGGAUCCACGUUUGCCUCUACUUCAUCACACCCACAGGGCACUCCCUCAAGUCCCUGGAUCUGGUGACCAUGAAGAAACUGGACAGCAAGGUGAAUAUCAUUCCCAUCAUCGCCAAGGCUGACACCAUCUCCAAAAGUGAGCUCCACAAGUUCAAGAUCAAGAUCAUGGGUGAGCUGGUCAGCAACGGGGUCCAGAUCUACCAGUUUCCCACAGAUGACGAGGCUGUUGCAGAGAUUAACGCAGUCAUGAAUGCACACCUGCCCUUUGCCGUGGUGGGCAGCACCGAGGAGGUGAAGGUGGGGAACAAGCUGGUCCGAGCACGGCAGUACCCUUGGGGAGUGGUGCAGGUGGAGAAUGAAAACCACUGCGACUUCGUGAAGCUCCGGGAGAUGUUGAUCCGGGUGAACAUGGAGGACCUCCGUGAGCAGACCCACAGUCGGCACUACGAGCUCUACCGGCGCUGCAAGUUGGAGGAGAUGGGCUUCCAGGACAGCGAUGGUGACAGCCAGCCCUUCAGCCUACAGGAGACAUAUGAGGCCAAGAGGAAGGAGUUCCUGAGUGAGCUGCAGAGGAAGGAGGAAGAGAUGAGGCAGAUGUUCGUCAACAAAGUGAAGGAGACAGAGCUGGAGCUGAAGGAGAAGGAGAGGGAGCUCCACGAGAAGUUUGAGCACCUGAAGCGGGUCCACCAGGAGGAGAAGCGCAAGGUGGAGGAAAAGCGCCGGGAGCUGGAGGAGGAGACCAACGCCUUCAACCGCAGGAAGGCCGCCGUGGAGGCACUGCAGUCGCAGGCCUUGCACGCCACCUCGCAGCAGCCCCUGAGGAAGGACAAGGACAAGAAGAAUUAACGCACGCACAGAUUUACAUGUCAAGAGUGGACUUUAGACUUUCAUGUGUUAAGUUGCUUGAGUUACACCUUGUGACCCUUCUCCCAUAACAUGGUGUGAGGACGGACUGGGAGCCGGUACAGACUCCAGUGUUUACAGCCUUGCUUUGCCCCCACCCUACCUUGGCCCCAGGCCGCCCCUGGGCCUGGCAGGCCACCCCCUUCUAUGCAAACACGUAAAAGCCAUGAAUGCUGGAAUCCAAAACUGACAAGGUUUAUUUUUUUCAGAGCCAGUGGCUGGUCUUCCAUUUACAGUGUCACUAUCCCUUGAUGAGCAGUUAUGUGCCACUCUAGCGAAGGCUCCAGCCGGCGAUGCUAGGCCUAAUUGUUCAGCGUCAAGAUGGCGACUCACGUGGUGCCCUAGGCGCAGCUGCGUGGUCUGGUAUACAUGCUGCAAAAUUUACCCAACUCCCUUCGUUUUAAUUUUUCUAACUUAGAGCUUAAUUUUCAUAAUAACUUUAAAACAUUCUAAAUUUUUAUUUUGGCACCACCGCAAAGACAAGUGAUAUCCUCUCCCAUUAUUUUCAUAAGUAACACAGAUUCCCUGAUUUUUUAAAAACUAAAAAUAUCACUAAACCUUUCUUGUAUACAAAGUGCCCCUAUAAUAUAUAGGGAGAGGCGGGUAAUAAACUUCCUGUGAUGACAGUGUUUGGGAUUUCUUUACGGAUGAAAGCGGAACGUGAACAAGACCACGUCCAGUGUUUUUACUGUGAAGGUAAAUGGAACAGCAGCCCGGAGCCAAUGUCUCUGUGCCCCAGAGGUGCUACCUGUAAACAGGGACCAACUCCAUGUAUGUGUGUUAAAUGUUUGACUUCAAUUAAGACUCCCAAGCCAAUCCUGUGUCUUCCAAAUGCCAAGAGUGCUCAGUGGGGGAAUUUGUUACCUCAAAGCCACUGCUUUCUCUUUUCUGGCUAAGGUACAGGGUGGAGAGAUGGGGUGUCUGAUGUACACAGGCGAUUUAAGAAAAGGUGAGCAGCAAAGGAACUCCUCCCCUCCCACUACUCUCUAAAGGGGAACACUUUAAGAGAGUACUCGCAACAUUGAUUCUUCUGUGCUCCUGCUGGUUUUCAAGCCGCUGGGAGUGUCAGGGUUGAGAAUAUGGCCUGGUAAAGUGGGAGAUGAAAAAUGGACAGACAAAAGGAAGGCUGUCCUUUAGAGUUGAGGAAGCACUGUGCUGGGUGCUGGAGCUAUGGAGGAAUGCACGGUGCUCCCCUUAAGGAGCUCAUCUCUAGGUAGUCUAGUGCACUCCUGGCUGGAAGCCUCAGGAAACUGUGCUAAUUUAUUGUUGAAUUGGUAGUUUGCUUUUCAUGCCUCCCAUCUUCCCUCCCAUCACCAUUUCCCCCUUCCUGCCUGGCCUGCUUUGUUGAUUUCCAGGACCAGGUCCUGGCUUCCUCCUGCCCCUCUGAGAUGAUGCUCCCCCCAGGGAGAGGCAGAGGGAUGAGCUGUGUGUGUCUACCGAGGCACAGGGAGAGGCAGCCUUUCCAUGCGAGGGGCUCCACCUGCCAAGUAGAGUGGUGAAUCUCUAAGUGUUACGCCGCAACCAGGGCUGGAUCCAGAUUCUAUGGGGCUGGAAGCUUGGACUAUUUAGGAAGACUCCUUUAAGAAAAAGAAUAUAAAUAUAAAUUAGGUCUAGGGUCUUUGAAGGGGCCCUGAAGAUUAAGCUUCACUGGCUUCACCAGAGUCCACCUCUGGUUGUAACCGAAAACUGACAUUUCAGUGUGGGUAUCUACAAAGGUAAACUGGCGGAUCUGAGGCUAAUGUGGGCUGCCAGGGGCUCGUCUCUAGGUAGCUUUUUGUCUGAGUGUCUCCAGUUGGGUCUAAUUACGACCUUUAAGAUAGCCUAUUUCAGCUCGUGUAUUUCUGAAGACGAGGCUCAGUGACCCAGCAGGUCCAUUGGUGGUGUAAGAAAUGAGAACUCCUGGUUUGUGGGCCAACCUGGGGACUCCAGAGCAGACUGAUUCCUCCACUUGUCCACCACAGCCUGUGGGCCACACCUCAGGCACACUGGAAGCCAUCACUGUGGCUGCUUGCCUGCCUCCAGGCCGAAGACCUCCCAGCGGUUUUGGCGAGACCUGGCAGACUUGCAUUUUCUGGGGACUGAGCUGCCUCCAUGGAUCCCCUCAGCUCUAGCAGGCCUCAGUGUCCCCCUCUCCCUGCUGUUUGUGUGUGACAUCUUGUCAUCUUUUUCUGAGACCAAAUUAAUUAGUCCAUGGUGCACAAGGUGAACUUAAAACUUGCCAUUAUUUAACACACUACCCCUCAUGGAAUGCGACCCUGUCUGCAGGAUCUCGUUCAACUCUCUUUUCUUUUCCUCAUUGUUAUUCAUUGGUAUCUUUAGGGCUGUCUCGUAGGAUCAUGUUGGCAUUUACUAUCAUGUCUUUCAUAAACCAUGUUGGUUUGGGGUGGAAGAAUCACCAUAUAAUUUAUUGUCCAAACUGGGACUUCUGAGAGAGAACGGAGAUGCUGUUAGUAAUUACUCCAGGUCAACAGGCAUAAACCAGACAAACUGGGAUGUAUGGUCUCCUAAUGGGUAACUGAUCUAGGUGGUUUGUAAUUUACAGACUGAAUGCAUAUAUGUUUGUGCAUGUCUGUGUGUGGGCUUCCUGUAACGUGGGGAUCAGAGGCCCGAGGGAAGCGUGGCUUGCCACUCCGUUACGUUAACAUGCUUUUCUAAAACUGCUUCACUUGUUCAUUCAUUUACUCCUUCAUUCAUUGACUGUUUUUGUUCCUUUCCAUUCACUUUGUACUCAUUUUUUUUUUUCAUUAAAUUUUGCAUUUAUUUUGA